GCCGGCCACUGAGGGGAGCUCAAAUCAAUGGCCCGAGCCGUGCACGGCCGCACUUUGCAGAGGUCUUGGGGCCAGAGGCUCAUCAACUUCACCAGCUGCCACGACAACUGCGGAUGCAUCCGGAGCUGAUCGGCGAGAUCGUCGAGGUGAUCGACUCUUCAACGGAUGGGGAGGUGACCUGGCUCCACCUGCACGAGAGCUUUGGCAGUGUGCGUUUGAAAGAAGGCGAUGUCAGGAUGUGCCAGGAGCAGCAAGGUUCGUUCUUCUAUGGGGCUCUGAGCAAAGUGGCUCUUUCCAAAGAGGCUGCGCCAUCCUCGCCAACGAUUUGCUUCCUGAAUCCUGGCACCGUCCUCGAGAUCUCUGAGAGGCAAGUCAUAGACGGUGUGCUGCGAUUGCGUGUCCGCCGUGAUUCAAUGCGUGGCACUGCUGAUGGUUGGGUCAGCGAGUACAAGCGACCCUGCUUUGACCCUCGCCUGGGGGGUGCUUCUCAACUCUUGCGCUUGAG